GUGGCAGUCACAUGGCCGGCUCUACUGGAUUCAACUACGCAACGUGUCGCCUCAUAAGAGUACCCCCUUCUUGCAAAACGUGCAGCCCACUGCAUCUUAUCAUAUCCCGUCUUCGUCAUCACUAUUCCCACGAGAGAAACAAAAUCGACGAUCAUUUCACAGUUUGUAUCUUCGCCGAUGGAUUUCUGGAACAAAGCCCGGAGCUUUGCCGAGGAAGCGGCGAAGCGAUCUCAGGAGCUGACAAAGGAGGCGGCGAGGCGCUCCCAGGAUCUCACAAUUGGCUCGUCGAAGCUCUCCGACAUCGUCUCGGAGGCGUCGAAGCGGUCCAAGGAGAUCGCCGCUGAGGCCUCGAAGCGCGCCGACCAGAUCAAGGAGGAGGCGCUUAAGCGCGCCGACCAGAUCAAGUCCCAGAUUCCCUCCGCCUCCGCGCUGUCGUCUCUCGUCGACUCUUCGCCGGAGACUCCUUCCACGGUGGCGGAUCUCGAGAGGUUUGGGGUCUCCGAUGAGCUGAGGGAUUUUGUCAAGGGCAUUACAUUCGACACUUUCCGGGAUUUUCCCUUGGAAGAUGAUUCAGAAAUGUCUGAUGUUCCCACAGUCUCAAAUAUUCGUCAAGAUCUCACAGCUUGGCAAGAAAGACAUGCCAAACUUGUUCUCUUGACAGUAAAGGAAAUUUCAAAAUUGAGAUACGAGUUAUGCCCACGCGUGAUGAAAGAGAGGAAGUUCUGGAGGAUAUACUUUAUCCUGGUUAAUAGUCAUGUGGCUCCGUAUGAAAAGCGCUACAUGGAAGAUUCUGAGUUAGAAUCUUCUAAACAAGUGAAAGAUGACAAAACGAAGGAAACUUCAACAGUUGGAACUACUUCUGUAACAGAAACAGGAGGUAUGAACCAGAAAAGUAAAAACUCUUCAGCUACUGAACAGGACUUGGAUGCAUUUCUUCUUGGAGGUCUUGGUGACAGUGAUGAGGAACCAGAUGAUGGAGAUGGAGGUCUCGAUGAAGAUUUUGACAAGAUCUAGGUGUGUUCAAUAUGAACUAGAUCUGAUCCGUGAACAGGCUUACUGGAAAUGGAGUUGGGUAUGAUGGUGGUUGACAUUGAUGGUUACGAUAUUUCUAGUUUCGGUGUUCACUUCAUACUGAAACUGAUAUGAAUUUGGAGGAAGCAAAAGAGAAAACAGAUGAAGGCUGCACCAGUUGUGGCUUCACACAAUCGGCUAAUGCUACUGAAUUUUCCAAGGGGGUGAAGCACUGCAAUCAGUGAAAGGAGAGAAGAUUACUGCUUUAAAAUUGUUAUUUAUUUGUGUUUUUAUCCCAUGUAUCUGUUCUUUCCAUCGUCUUUCUUGUAAUUCUUUUGCUCUUCACAUGGGGAAAAGGUGGAGAUACAUGCAUACAUAUCUUGUUGAAGCAACUGCUGCUAGCUGCUGUGCUAUAACUAUAAAGGGCCUCAAUUGCCAUGUUAAGCCUGCUGUUCAAAUGCAUUUUCUGUGUUCCUUUGCCUUUCUGUAUUAUUUUUAGUGAAAAAGUACCAAAAUAAACAAUCAGGCCCUUGUAAGUUGUCCUUUUCUUU